AUGUCCGAAAUUGCUCUCAUCUUAGGAUCUGGUUCAAGAGUUGGGGAAUCAACAGCAAGAAAGUUUCUGGAAGCUGGAUUCAAGGUGGCAACUGUAUCAAGAACCCCGCGAGCAUCGCAAUCGGAGAAACACGUACACCUUACUGCUGAUCUGACCAAUCCUGCUUCUGUCGAUCCCGUAUUCAAUCAGCUUCAACAACAAUGGGGCGUACCGACUGUCGUGAUAUACAAUGCUUAUGGGGGUUUCGUCACUGAUCCAAAUCCCCUUGCUGCGCCCCUCGAAGAAUUUGCGAAGACCCUCAACGCAAAUACUUUGUCCGCGUACGCUGCUGCUUCGAUCGCCUACGCCAGGAACAAGGGAGUCACCUUUAUAUAUACCGGAAAUGCAUUGAAUACGGUUCUUGACCCCAAGCUCACAACCUUAGGUGUCGGAAAGGCGGCAUCCUGCAAGUGGAUCCAGGAAGCAGCAGCCGCGCAGCAACUGAGACCGGCGACGUUCUACUAUUGUGAUCAAAGGACUCCAGAGGGACUACCAUGUUACACCGGACUUAGCGGUGAAGCACACGCUGACUUAUAUCUUGAUUUGGCCAGGCGGGAGGAACAAGGAGAUCCUGUGAUAAUCUUCCGCGCCUGA